AUGGAAGACUUUGGAGAAAUUCCUCAAGGAGAAUGGGGUGGAAUAAUGAGUUCACAAGAGGAGGCUGAGUUCAUGGCACAGUUACUAGGCAACUGCGACGACUCUACUAACUCAUUCAUGUAUUCAUCAAUGUCUUCACUUAGUGGCUUUGAUCAUCUCCCAUUUCCCACUGAUCUCUCUCAUCAUCCUCCUCUUCCUAACAACAAUUUCACCACAAUGGAUUCUUGUACUGUGCAAAGGGAAGAAGAUUCGAAGAAAAGAUGUCUGAUUCCUUGUCGAGUAAGUGCUCAGAUUCCAAUAAGCAACCAGAGAAUCAUGAAAUGCAGCAAGUGUGGAAAGGUUGACAACAGCGACGAAGAUCGUAACAACAGUGCAGCGCUUCACCUUCACAGGCAGAAGAUGUCAAGAUCAAGCAGCUGCUGUUUGGAAGAUAAGUCGAAUGAGCUGAUAGGAAUAACAUCGUGCUCGAGCUCCAACGGAAGACGGCCCCCCAACCCGAACGCUAGAACACGUGCGAGUAGGGGUUCUGCAACCGAUCCACAAAGCCUCUAUGCAAGGAAAAGAAGAGAAAGAAUCAACGAGAGGCUCAGGAUCUUGCAAACCCUUGUCCCAAAUGGAACUAAAGUUGACAUUAGCACAAUGCUAGAAGAGGCAGUUGAGUAUGUGAAGUUCUUGCAACUCCAGAUUAAGAUGUUGAGCUCUGAUGAUCUAUGGAUGUAUGCUCCGAUUGCCUACAACGGCAUGGACAUUGGACUCGAUUUCAGAUCACAAUCUUUGUGA